AUGAGCCUCGUGAGCCCAGGCAACGAUGGCCGACCGCCGCCGGCUCCCAUUAUCUCGUACUGGUAUGUCGGGGAGAACAACUGGCAAGCUUGCCUGCAGCAGAUGGCGGAAAGCUACAGACGGAUUCAGGCAGAGUUCUCGGGCGCCUGGAGCGACGAACAACGUCUCGUGCAGGAGACCCGCAUGGAACAAAUGCAAGACCGAAUCCACGAUGCGACCGGCGGGAGGAUGGGAAAGGACUACAGCCCACACACGCGAACGGCCCAUGUGAAAGAUAUCUUCCAAGAUCAGCAGUUCCCGCCAAGCAGCAAGGCAUGGUUCAGAGGGGACGUGCCGGACUUGGCCGUGCUCGAACGACCUGCCGCAUGGCAGCGACUCCAGGAGUUCGUGAUGGAUGCUCCGUACCCGACAAUGCACGCCGGAGCGAUACCGCGUGCGGGCCGCGUCUACCAGGGUGCCCUGGAGAAUUUCUAUCUUGCCGCCGGUCUGCAGACCUUGGCAAUGAAGCCGUGGCUCAUUGGGCAGAUCUUUGCAGACAUGCACUUCUCGAAUCCUUCUCUAGGAGUUUUUACACUGCGGUUUUACAAGCACGGGCAGUGGCACCACGUGGUCGUCGACGAUGCCCUGCCCUUUGAUCGGUCGAUGAACCCGCUCUGCAGCAGAAGCGAGUUUUGGCCUUCCUUCUCCUGGCCUGCCAUCAUCGAGAAGGCGUAUGCCAAACUGCACGGCAGCUGGGAGGGCCUUGGAGGCGGUGGCCACGUGGAGGAAGUGCUGACGGACCUCACAGGCGGUUGCUCGACGCGCUUUGGCACCACCGACGUUGCGCAGGAUAGGCUAUGGCAGUACCUGUUCUUCCUCCAGGACUCUUGCUUAUUCGGAUGCAACAUCAACGACCAGGAAUGCUCGAAGCGGCACAUUCCGAUGGAAUCCCAUCACGCCUCUGCAAUCUACCGUGUCGUGAAGCAUCAGGGCGUGCCAUACGUCUGCGUCUGCAUGGCAGCACCGACCUAUGCGGUGGCACGUAUGCCAAACUGCGACGUUCCCUCACCGGAGGGCUACGGCGUCCAGGACGGUUUCGUCUGGCUGCGUAUCGACGACUUCGUGCAGCUUUUUGACACCAUCUACGAGUGUCGACUGGUGAACUCCGACUUGGGACCUCGACCAGGUGGCCUCACACCCGGCUGGGUGCCUGGGGGGCCCUUCUUCGAAGAGAUCUACGCAUUCCAAGGUGAUGUCUAUUCAGAGACGGCUCCGAGCUUCAUGAUGGAGAUCUUGGAUACCCCCUGCGAGAUGACCAUGGAGGUCACCCAAACGGACCUGCGCUACGGCGACAGCCAAGAGAGCCCAGAGUUGGGCAGGCCGAUGCAGGCGCCUCUGCUCCUGCGCUUCUUCCAGUGCAGCUCCGAGGUGGAUGACAAUGGCGGCGGGGAGAUCUACAUGGUUCACCUGUCUGCCUGGGGCCACACGCGAGAUGCGAGCCUGAGCGUAAAGGUGUUGAAACCGGGCAAGUAUCUUGCCAUGGUCUCGAUUCCCGCCCAGUACACCUGCCAUCGGAUGAUCUUCCGAUGUUACUCCACCCGGCCGUUGGUGAUGAAGCCGAUCACGCAGCAUCGCUCGUGGAUCGCCGUGAACCCGGCCAUGCCUCUGAACGCGAUACCCUACUCGCUCUGCGGUUUCCAGCGAGUAGACGCCUUGAGCGAGAAGCUGCCGCAGAUGUUCGACGAGGCUGAGGGCCGUGGAAAACCCAUGGCCAACGCUCAGCUGAGACCCGACUUCUCCGGCUUUGCCCUAGGCCUUCCUGGACGGCCCGGAAUGCCCGGAAUGCCCGGCUUGCCGGGGAUGCCGGGGAUGAGCCUCGAUAUCCCUGGGAUGCACAUCGACCUCCCGGGGGUCAGUGGCGGCUUCUGGGGAGGAGGAGGCUGGGGAGGAGGAGGUUGGGGAUCCAACAACCAGAACAACCCAGCAGGUCUCAAAACCGUCGGCACAUUUGGCGGUCGGGGUGCUGUCGCCUCGGUCAAUGCUGCGGAGGCGCAAGAUGUCAACUGCAGCAUCAUGUGA